GUUUAGACUACGUCAUGAAAGAUACUCGCGUCGUUCCUUAUUAACAAUUGAACAUUUUAUAUUACCUCAGUUUCUUUACUAUCUCUCCGUGCGCUCUUCUUGAAAUGUCGUCUACCGUAAAGAAUAUUUCGGUAACCUACGACGAUGUAGGCAAAACUUUUAGCAGCGGCGAUUUCAUUUCGGGACGAAUAACGUUGGAAUUGGGAAAAGAUUGCAAAAUAGAUUCUCUUUCCAUAAAAGCGAAGGGAAAGUCGGAGGUCCUUUGGACAGAACAUCAUAAUAAGACAACUGUAACUUACCAUUCCAAGGACAAGUACUUUAGCAUUGAACAAUGUAUCAUUCGAGAACAAAAAGGCCAAGGUAAGGCAUCAAGCCCAGCUUCCAGAGUUUUCAAUGGGAAAUGUAUUUACGAAGUAUGCCUAUUGUAGUGCAGUAGUAGCGUCGUUCUACCAUUUUAUUUAUUUAUAUAUAUACUACCGUUCAAAAGUUAGAAAUGUCCUUGUUUUCCAUGAAAACAUACAUGAAAUGAGUUUCAGUAGAUAAUAAAUUAAAAUUAUUAAAAUUAUUAAAUUAAAUUAAAUUAAAUUAAAUAAUAUAGCAAAAUGCAUAGGAAAUGUAGUCAUUGACAAGGUUAGAAAUAAUGAUUUUUAAUUGAAAUAAUAAUUGUGUCCUUUGCUUUCGUCAUAGAAUCCUCCAUUUGCAGCAAUUACAGUCUUGCAGACCUUUGGCAUUCUAGUUGUCAAUUUGUUGAGGUAAUCUGAAGAGAUUUCACCCCAUGCUUCCUGAAGCACCUCCCACAAGUUGGAUUGGGUUGAUGGGCACUUCUUAUGUACCAUACGGUCAAGCUGCUCCCACAACAGCUCAAUAGGGUUGAGAUCCGGUGACUGUGCUGGCCACUCCAUUAUAGACAGAAUACCAGCUGACUGCUUAUUCCCUAAAUAGUUCUUGCAUAGUUUGGAGCUGUGCUUUGGGUCAUUGUCCUGUUGUAGGAGGAAAUUGGCUCCAAUCAUGCGCCGCACACAGGGUAUGGCAUGGCAUUGCAAAAUGGAGUGAUAGCCUUCCUUCUUCAAGAUCCAUUUACCCUGUACAAAUCUCCCACUUUACCACCACCAAAGCACCCCCAGACCAUCACAUUGCCUCCACCAUGCUUGACAGAUGGCAUCAAGCACUCCUCCAGCAUCUGAUGGCUGCUGAUAAUGGCCCUCUGUAUGCCUAUGUAGAUAUUCCAUUAGAAAUCAGCCGUUUCCAGCUACAAUAGCCAUUUACAGCAUUAACAUUGCCUACACUGUAUUUCUGAUCAAUUUGAUGUUUUUUUAGUGGACAAAAAAAUAGCUUUUCUUUCAAAAACAAGGACAUUUCUAAGUGACCCCAAACUUUUGAACGGUAGUGUGUGUAUGUGUAUACGUGUGUGUGUGCUAUAUGUGUCUGUGUGUGUGUGUGAGAUCUAUAUAUGGUGGAUCAGGCUAGUCCAGUGUAGUCGCCACUGCACUUCACAUGUCACUACUAUUACUGAAGGUAUAGAUUGAAAAAUUUAUGCACUCACUAACUGUAAGUCGCUCUGGAUAAGAGCGUCUGCUAAAUGACUAAAAUGUAAAUGACAAGAUUUUCUAUUGUGUUAUUGACUGUACGUUUUUGUUUAUUCCAUAUGUAACUCUGUGUUGUUGUUUUUAUCGCACUGCUUUGCUUUAUCUUGGCCAGGUCGCAGUUGUAAAUGAGAACUUGUUCUCAACUGGCUUACCUGGUUAAAUAAAGGUGGAAAAAAAAAAAAAGAUUGACAAGGGGCUGACUAGUAACGUUAUAUAAUGUGUAUAGUCGUUGUCAAAAGUUUUGAGAAUGACUCAAGUAUUGGUCUUCACAAAGUUUGCUGCUUCAGUGUUAUGAAAUAUUUGUCAGAUGUUACUAUGGUAUACUGAAGUAUAAUUACAAGCAUUCCAUAAGUGUCAAAGGCUUUUAUUGACAAUUACAUUAAGUUUAUGCAAAGAGUCAAUAUUUGCAGUGUUGACCCUUCUUUUUCAAGACCUCUGCAAUCCGCCCUGGCAUGCUGUUUAUUAACUUCUGGGCCACAUCCUGACUAAUGGCAGCCCAUUCUUGCAUAAUCAAUGCUUGGAGUUUGUCAGAAUUUGUGGGUUUUUGUUUGUCCACCCACCUCUUGAGGAUCGACCACAAGUUCUCAAUCGGAUUAAGGUCUGGGGCGUUUCCUGGCCAUGGACCCAAAAUGUCGAUGUUCUGUUCCCCGAGCCAUUUAGUUAUCACUUUCGCCUUAUGGCAAGGUCCUCCAUCAUGCUGGAAAAGACACUGGUCGUCACUAAACUGUUCUUGGGUGGUUGGGAGAAGUUGCUCUCGGAGGAUGUGUUGGUACCAUUCUUUUUUCAUGGCUGUGUUCUUAGGCAAAAUUGUGAGUGAGCCCACUCACUUGGCUGAGAAGCAACCCCACACAUGAAUGGUCUCAGGAUGCUUUACUGUUGGCAUGACACAGGACUGAUGGUAGCGCUCACCUUGUCUUCUCCGGACAAGGUGUUUUCCGGAAGCCCCAAACAUUCGGAAAGGGGAUUCAUCAGAGAAAAUGACUUUACCCCAGUCCUCAGCAGUCCAAUCCCUGUACCUUUUGCAGAAUAUCAGUCUGUCCCUGAUGUUUUUCCUGAAGAGAAGUGGCUUCUUUGCUGCCCUUCUUGACACCAGGCCAUCCUCCAAAAGUAUUCGCCUCACUGUGCGUGCAGAUGCACUCACACCUGCCUGCUGCCAUUCUUGAGCAAGCUCUGCACUGGUGGUGCCCCGAUCCCGCAGCUGAAUCAACUUUAGGAGACGGUCCUGGCACUUGCUGGACUUUCUUGGGCACCCUGACUACUUCUUCACAACAAUUGAACCUCUCUCCUUGAAGUUCUUAAUGAUCCGAUAAAUGGUUGAUUUAGGUGCAAUCUUACUAGCAGCAAUAUCCUUGCCUCUGAAGCCCUUUUUGUGCAAAGCAAUGAUGACGGCACGUGUUUCCUUGCAGGUAACCAUGGUUAACAGAGGAAGAACAAUGAUUUCGAGCACCACCCUCCUUUAAAGCUUCCAGUCUGUUAUUCUAACUCAAUCAGCAUGACAGAGUGAUCUCCAGCCUUGUCCUCGUCAACACUCUCACCUGUGUUAACGAGAGAAUCACUGACAUGAUGGCAGCUGGUCCUUUUGUGACAGGGCUGAAAUGCAGUGGAAAUGUUUUUUGGGGGAUUAAGUUCAUUUUCAUGGCAAAGAGGGACUUUGCAAUUAAUUGCAAUUCAUCUGAUCACUCUAUUAUUAUUAUUAUUAUUAUUAUUAUUAUUAUUAUUAUUAUUAUUAUUAUUAUUAUUAUUAUUAUAUGCAAAUUGCCAUCAUCAAAACUGAGGCAGCAGACUUUGUGAAAAUUAGUAUUUGUGUCAUUCUCAAAACUUUUGACCACGACUGUACAGCAACUGAUCAAUAAUGAUCCAUACCAUUGCACCAAGUUAAACACCUACUUUUGGUGUAGAGUUGGAUUUCUUUAACCAAUUUUUACAGGUAAAAGAUUCCAGGUAAGCCAAUGAGGGGCUGUGGGGCAAUGCAUUAAGAGUGAGUUAUGCUAAUUCCAGUGAGCCUUUUCCAUCAGCUGAUGAUGAUCCAAACGCAUGUUAACAGAUGUACAUAGUCGCCUUGGUCUAAACAAUUGUUCAAUAACUAUAUACUGAUUUCUCCUUAGGACAAGACCAUCAAACCCUGUUGACAGGUCAAAGUGCCACUAUGUGUGAGUUUGCCUCUUAUCACACACUCAACACUACUUCUGGAACACUGUGUGGCAACGCACGCAGACACACAUGAGUGAUUCUCAUAAAACCAACUGAAACCAAUUCAGCUUUAUAGCCUUUAUAUGGACCAGACGGCAUCAGAUAGAUGGCCUACACAUAGAGAGACAGAGGGCCGCAGUUUUGCUCGCUCGGAUGCUUUCUCCUGUAAGAUACAUUCAGCCUUUUGUGAAUUGAAGGAAAAUUAUUAAACACAGAAACAGAAUGUUUUAUUUUUAUUUAUGGUCAAUUUUUUUGUUAAGCAUGGCUUCCCUUGGCAUCCAUGAAUACACGCCACUGUUGUGAACUGUCAUGGUCAAAGCAUAUUGAUUCUAUUGUUGUAAAGAUGGGGAGAGGUCUGUCUGUGAUAAAGAGAUGCUCUGCUUUCUAAACAUCACAUGCAACCAAACAAGUCCUGCAAGCUCUGGUUUUGUCGCAUCUUGACUAUUACCCAGUUGUAUGGUCAGGUGUGUCAAAAAAGGACCUAGAAAAGCUGCAGCUGAACCUGAACAGAGCAGCACGUCUGGGCCCUCAAUUGUACACAGAGGGACAAUGUCAAUAACAUGCAGGUCAUUCUCUCCCAGUUCAGAGUGGAGGAGAGAUUGACUGCAUCACUGCUGGUCUUUGUAAGAGGUAUUGACGCGCUGAAAGUACCGAAUUGUCUGUUCAGCCUGUUAACACACAGCUCAAAACCUAUUGUGUUGGCAGCAUCAUGUUAUGGGUAUGCUUGUCAUCGGCAGGGACUGGGAAGUUUGUCAGGAUCAAAAUAAAUAUGAAAGGAGCAAAGCCCAUGUAAAAAGUUAGAGGACAACCUGAUUCAGUCUUCUGAAAACCUAACCCUGGGGGAAGAGUUUUAUUUUUCAGCGAGACAAUUAUACAUUUUAAUGCCAAAGACACACCAGAAUGGCUUUCCAAGAGGUGUUGAGUGUUCCUGAGUGGUCUAGUCUGUCCUGAUUUUGAAAUCUCCUUAAAAAAAAUCAGAGGCAAGGUUUAAAUAUCACUGUCCAUCAAUGAUCCCCAACCAAAUUUACUGAGCCUGAGCAAUUUUGACAAAAACCCUAAGAGUUGUGCAAAGUUGGUAGAAUCUUAAUGGAAAUUAUUCACAGCUGUAAUGGCUGCCAAAGUUGCUUCCACCAAGUAUUAGCCUAACCCAGGGGGGUGGAGACUUAACCAAUUAUGAUAUUUCAGUAGUAUUUUCUUAAUUUGAAAAGUUAUUUUAAAAUAACUUUAUUUCACUUUGAAAAUGUUGAGUAGGUUGUGUAGAUCUGUAGGGUUUAAAUUAGAUUUUUUUCCUUUUUAGAUUAAAUUUUAAAGCAGCAAAAUGUGAAAAAAAGUUAAAGGGGGGUGUACCCCAUGCAGUCAGGGGUCUCUUCACAGUCCCCAAGUCCAGGACAGAGGCUGGGAGACACACAGUACUGUAUAGAGCAGGGUUCUUCAAUUCCGGUCCUGGAGGGCCGAAACACCUCUGUUUUUCAUCCUCUCCUUCUAAUCAGGGGCUAAUUCAGACCUGGGACACCAGGUGAGUGCAAUUAACUACCAGGUAGAAAUAAAAAACAGAAGUGUUUCGGCCCUCCAGGACCGGAAUUGAAGAACCCUGGUAUAGACCAAUGACUGCAUGGAAUUAUCCUCCACCUCAGGUAACUGUUCAAAAACAGAUAAAACAACACCUCAAGGAUAAAAAAAACCCAGGAUAAAACGACACCUCACGGAACAAUGCGGACUGUGAAGAGAUGCGCACACACACUCUACACACACCCACACAUUAUUCUUAGUAUUAUUAAUUUAUAUAUUUUUCUUUACUUUCUCUUUCUUCUUCUUCUUACUUUAAAAUAGUCAGAUUAUUCUUUAGUUGGAUUGUUCUUAGUUUAAAUGUGUGUUGCUGUUCCUGUCCAUAAGCAUUCUGUAUGUUGUCAUGUUCUAUGUUUUGUGUGGACCCCAGGAAGAAUAGCUGCUGCUUCUUCAACAGAAAGUAAAAAUCACUCAUUUGGGGUUGAGGCAUAUAGCAUGAUGUUGUAAUUGUUGACAUGCAAUGCGGGCUGUUCUUGACAUUACACAACUUUUGAGGUCUGAAAACAUUGGACAAACCUGUGUUAAAGGGGCAUUACACUCAAAUUCAAAGAUGAAUUGUCAAGAUGAAUACAAGAUGAUCCCGAAACGUUGGUGGGAGCUAAUAUAUAGUGUACGACUCUCUUUAUUUUUAUAGCCUACAGCUUACUCGCCGUUAGUCAGCACCUCUACUAACUUUUUUGGGUGUGCACCAGCUCAUGCUUUUCACAAGAUAAAUACACCCCCCAUGCCAUUGGUUGUGAAGAGCCAGCCGUAUGCCUGAACUAAUGUUUUGGGUGUGCGCCAGCUCAUGCUUUUCACAAGAUAAAUACACACCCCAUGCCAUUGGUUGUGUAGAGCCAGCUGUAUGCCUGAACACCAACAGGAAAACACCAUAUCAUUUCCUGAUUUUAUUUCAUUUGGGGUUAUUGCAUAUACAGUGGGGGAAAAAAGUCUUUAGUCAGCCACCAAUUGUGCAAGUUCUCCCACUUAAAAAGAUGAGAGGCCUGUAAUUUUCAUCAUAGGUACACGUCAACUAUGACAGACACAAUGAUAAUUUUUUUUCCAGAAAAUCACAUUGUAGGAUUUUUUAUGAAUUUAUUUGCAAAUUAUGGUGGAAAAUAAGUAUUUGGUCAAUGACAAAAGUUUCUUAAUACUUUGUUAUAUAUCCUUUGUUGGCAAUGACACAGGUCAAACGUUUUCUGUAAGUCUUCACAAGGUUUUCACACACUGUUGCUGGUAUUUUGGCCCAUUCCUCCAUGCAUAUCUCCUCUAGAGCAGUGAUGUUUUGGGGCUGUCGCUGGGCAACGCAGACUUUCAACUCCCUCCAAAGAUUUUCUAUGGGGUUGAGAUCUGGAGACUGGCUAGGCCACUCCAGGACUUUGAAAUGCUUCUUACGAAGCCACUCCUUCGUGUGUUUGGGAUCAUUGUCAUGCUGAAAGACCCAGCCACGUUUCAUCUUCAAUGCCCUUGCUGAUGGAAGGAGGUUUUCACUCAAAAUCUCACGAUACAUGGCCCCAUUCAUUCUUUCCUUUACACGGAUCAGUCGUCCUGGUCCCUUUGCAGAAAAACAGCCCCAAAGAAUGAUGUUUCCACCCCCAUGCUUCACAGUAGGUAUGGUGUUCUUUGGAUGCAACUCAGCAUUCUUUGUCCUCCGAACACGACAAGUUGAGUUUUUACCAAAAAGUUAUAUUUUGGUUUCAUCUGACAUUCUCCCAAUCCUCUUCUGGAUCAUCAAAAUGCACUCUAGCAAACUUCAGACGGGCCUGGACAUGUACUGGCUUAAGCAGGGGGACACGUCUGGCACUGCAGGAUUUUAGUCCCUGGCGGCGUAGUGUGUUACUGAUGGUAGGCUUUGUUACUUUGGUCCCAGCUCUCUGCAGGUCAUUCACUAGGUCCCCCCGUGUGGUUCUGGGAUUUUUGCUCACCGUUCUUGUGAUCAUUUUGACCCCACGGGGUGAGAUCUUGCGUGGAGCCCCAGAUCGAGGGAGAUUAUCAGUGGUCUUGUAUGUCUUCCAUUUCCUAAUAAUUGCUCCCACAGUUGAUUUCUUCAAACCAAGCUGCUUACCUAUUGCAGAUUCAGUCUUCCCAGCCUGGUGCAGGUCUACAAUUUUGUUUCUGGUGUCCUUUGACAGCUCUUUGGUCUUGGCCAUAGUGGAGUUUGGAGUGUGACUGUUUGAGGUUGUGGACAGGUGUCUUUUAUACUGAUAACAAGUUCAAACAGGUGCCAUUAAUACAGGUAACGAGUGGAGGACAGAGGAGCCUCUUAAAGAAGAAGUUACAGGUCUGUGAGAGCCAGAAAUCUUGCUUGUUUGUAGGUGACCAAAUACUUAUUUUCCACCAUAAUUUGCAAAUAAAUUCAUAAAAAUCCUACAAUGUGAUUUUCUGGUUGACGUGUACCUAAUGAUGAAAAUUACAGGCCUCUCUCAUCUUUUUAAGUGGGAGAACUUGCACAAUUGGUGGCUGACUAAAUACUUUUUUCCCCCACUGUAGGUGUAUCUACACAAUGAAUGGCCUGGGAUGUGGACUUAAAGGAAUAGUUCACACAAAUUACAAAAUACAUUGGUCCACUUACUCUGUAUGCUGUCUAUGAAUGAGAAGACAGCAAUCUAUGCUUUGGUUUUGUUUACCUGGUCAUAGUCUCUAACUUUUUAGCAUUUCUAGCACAAAGCCAAUGUAAGUGAAUAUCCCUGAUUUAUUAUACUUUUUCGCAUUUCAUUUCCAAAUCAUGUUAAAGUAAUUUUAUUGAGCUAUACAAUACAUUCUUUACACUUUGGGAGGAUUUGGACAUGGAACAUGAACAUGCUUGUAUCGGGGAUGUCCACUUGCAUAGGUUUUGUGCUAUAAAUGCUAAACAAAACCAAAGCAUGGAUUGCUGUCUUACCUUGUCCGUCGACUGCUUACAGGGUAAGGAAACCAAUGUACCAAUGGAAUUUUGUAAUUUGGGUUAACUUUUCCCAUAAGACUACUUUUGAGGUAUGAAAACAUCUGACAAACAACAUUUUUUGAAAAUGUAAUUCCCCUUUUAGGGGUUGUGUAAUAAUGUAGUAGUCCAAUAAACAGAACAAUCUGAUUAAUCUAAAGUUCUUGUUAUUAAGAUUGGCAGACAAGGAAAGAAAGUAUGAAAAAUAAAGUAUGCACUCACUAACUGGAAGAGCGUCUGCUAAAUGACUAAAAUGUAAAGAGGGCUUCAUCAAAAGAGAAGGCAGUGAAGCAUAGAGAGCAACUGUACAGAAAUCCAGAGCUGCAUGAGGAGUACAGAAGAAAGGAAAGAGAGGUGUGUGUGUGUGUGUGUGUGUGUGUGUGUAGAGAGGAAAGUUGCAGACGAGUGUUUAUUGAUGACUCAUUUGUCCCUACAGAAAGAUUUGGUAACAAUCCAAUUGACACUGCUUUUAUACCUGUGUUGUAACCAGGGCUCUAAAUUAACUUUUUUCAUUGGUAGCACUGUUUUUCAUUGGUAGAAAAGUUAGGAGCACCACAUACUAUAAGCACCAGAAAUAUUUAUGUUUAAAUUGAUAGGGAAAGGGGAUAUCUAGUCAAUUGCACAACUGACUGCAUUCAACGGAAAUGUCUUACACAUUUAACUGCCUUGCUCAAGGGAAGAACGGUUCCUUCCUUUCUGUGCCACCAAAUGUUUGCAUAUACUGAUAAAGUUACCAGGUUAUUAGUAGGGCUGCACGAUAUGGCCCAAAAAUCUAAAUCUAAUCAAUUAAUUUUUUAAAGAUUGUGAUUUGACUUGCGAUAUACACUCACCGGACAGUUUACUAGGUACACCCAUCUAUUACUGGGUCAGACCCCCCUUUGCCUCCAGAACAGCCUGAAUUCUUUGGGGCAUGGAUUCUGUAAGAUGUCGGAUAAGUUUGUUACUCAAUUUGUAUCAAGGGACCUAACGUGUGCCAGGAAAAUAUUCCCCCUUACCAGUACACCACCACCACCAGCCUGUACCAGGUCCAUGGACUGCUUACGCCAUAUCCUGACUCUGCCAUCAGCAUGACGCAACAGGAGCCAUGAUUCAUCAAUGUUUUUCCACUCCUCAAUUGUCCAGUGUUGGUGAUUGCUUGCCCACUGGAGCUGCUUCUUGUUUUUAGCAGAUAGGCGUGUAACCCGUUGUGGUCGUCUGCUGCAAUUGCCCAACCGUGACAAGGAUUGAUGAGUUGUGCGUUGGGAGAUGCUGUUCUGCACACAACUGUUGUACUGCGCCGUUAUUUGUCUGUUUGUGGCCCGCCUGUUAGCUUGCACGAUUCUUGCCAUUCUCCUUCGACCUCUCUCAUCAACAAGCUGUUUUUGUCCACAGGACUGCCGCUGACUGGAUGUUUUUUUGUUGCACCAUUCUCGGUAAACCCUAGACACUGUCAUGCGUGAAAAGCCCAGGAGGGCGGCCGUUUCUGAGAUACUGGAUCCGGCGCACCUGGAACCGAUGAUCAUACCAGACUCUAAGUCGCUUAGGUCACUCGUUUUACCUAUUCUAACAUUAAAUCGAACAGUAACUGAAUGCCUUGAUGCCUGUCUGCCUGCUUUAUAUAGCAAGCCACGGCCACGUGACUCACUCUGUAGGAGUGAUCCAUUUUCGUGAACGGGGUGGUGUACCUAAUAAACUGCGUAGAUCAAAACACAACUGUUGGGAAUCAUAGAAGUAUAAUGAUUUGGCAUGACAACAAAUAGAAAAAGCCAGGUAGGAGUUAUGACAGGGUAGGAACCAAAGUGUUGGUCGGUGUUUCCCAUGGGACCCUAAUCACAUUUUAAUAGCAUUUAGACAAAUAUUUGUGAACAGGCUAUCUGAUUCAGAACAUGCUAAUGCACAAACAAACAACAUGCUGAUAUACACCAUCACUGGUAGCAACCUGUAUUAGAGCUAAUGUUUGCUUUGCCCUAGCUAGCGCAUUUAGCUAAAUGGCAUUUUAGCUAGCUAGCCAGCUAGCUAGUUAGCGAUUAGCAUUACUGGUUAGCAUUAUUUUAGGCACUGGUUGGAACACUGUAGUUAGCCUACACUCGUAACACUGGGAAGGACUGUUCAUUAAAAAAAAUAGUGGUUUAGGGGGUGUGGGAUGUGGUGGAGCUGGGCAGUGGUGGGGAGGUUAUGAUCAAUUUGUUCUUAAUGGUUAAUAUGGUUCUAAAUUAUAUUUUUUGCUCUUAAUAAAGUAUUGUUUGCUCAUUUAUUUGUUCAUUAACGUAAUGUGGUCUCAUCUACCGUAACAUGGAUCUCAUUACCGAAAUGCAUCAAUGACAACAUAUUCCUAGAAUAAUAUUACAGAAUUCAAAAUAUUUUAGCUGUGCAUAAAAUGUAAUUUACUCUUUAUAUUUGUGUACUUUUAAAAUAUUAAUAAUAGUUUAAAACAUAAAUAAAAUAAAACAUCCAGGUUAUGAACAUGCUAGAUAACUAAUUAAAAUAUACUUAAUCAUAAUCACAUUGUUUUGGAUAAAAUAUUGUAAUAAUUAUCCUGUAUCUCUAAGGCAAUUUUUAAAAAAUUGCAACAUUUUCACCAUGCUAUGUUUCUUUUCUAACAUCACAAGUGUUACGGUAAUACUUUUUUUGCGCAUGGUCUUGAAUCUGAACAGUUAAGAUGAUUAAUUUGAGACGGUAUCUUAUUCAUUACAAAAUAAAAAUGUUUAUCUUUGUCUUUUAAAAAUGUACCAAGAGUAAUACCAAGUUCGUGAGAAUCACCCAUACACACACACACACUCACUGUGUGGCAACUUUAUCAAAUACGCAGCUUUACUACACACUUCACUGAACUUUAUGCCUAGAAAAAGGUCCAUAUUUCUGGACGGCUUCUUUUUUACUCUUGUAACAUAAACGUGACUUAUUGUUUUUCAGAUUGUAAUGUCGUAGCUCCUGGAACUCACGUUUACCCAUUCACCUUUCAGAUCCCUCAGCAGUAAGUGCCCUGCAUUACACACCUGGUGGGCUAAUAUUUAGAUUGCUAAGACACUCGAUCAUGAAGCACAAUCAAAUAAUUAGAGUAGUUAGCUAUCUUGUUAACAUCAGCAAGGUAAUCCUGAGUUGUUUACAAUGGUUAAUUUUCUAAGUCAUUGUGUUUUAUGAUUGAUUGUGUCUUAGCAUUCCUCAUGACACACUGAAUGAGAAUAAACAAAUCAUUUACUCUACGUUUGAAGCACAGGCAGCCCAAUUAGGAUAGUUUGCCCAAUUAUUGGCAAAAUAUCUGAUCUGAUUGGUUAAAAGACCAAUUAGUGGCAAAAGAUCAGAAAUGAGCUGCCUGAGUAAACAGCCAUAUUAAGUCAAUAAUCUAAUCAAUAGAUUGCAGAUACUACAUGUACAGUGCAUUCGGAAAGUAUUCAGACCCCUUUACUUUUUCCACAUUGUUACGUUACAGCCUUAUUCUAAAAUGGAUUAAAUAAAACAUUUUCCACAUCAAUAUACACACAAUACACCAUAAUGACAAAGCGAAAACAGUUUUAUUUUACAUUUUAGCAAAUGUAUUUAAAAUAAAAAACAUACCUUAUUUACAUAAGUAUUCAGACCCUUUGCUAUGAGACAUGAAAUUGAGCUCCGGUGCAUCCUGUUUCCAUUGAUCAUCCUUGUAGAAACAUCUCAACUUGAUUGGAGUUCACCUGUGGUAAAUUCAAUUGAUUGGACAUGAUUUGGAAAGACACACACCAGUCCCACAGUUGACAGUGCAUGUCAGAGCAAAAACCAAGCCAUAAGGUCGAAGGAAUGUCUGCAGCAUUGAAGGUCCCCAAGAACACAGUAGCCUCCAUCAUUCUUAAAUGGGAGAAGUUUGGAACCACCAACACUCUUCCUAGAGCUGUCCACCCAGCCAAACUGACCAAUCGGGGGGGGGGGGGGGGGGGGUCACUCUGACAGAGCUCCAGAGUUCCUCUGUGGAGAUGGGAGAACUUUACAGAAGGACAACCAUAUCUGCAGCACCCUACCAAUCAGGCCUUUAUGGUAGAGUGGCCAGGCAGAAGCCACUCCUCAGUAAAAGGCACAUGACCGCCCGCUUGGAGUUUGCCAAAAGGCACCUAAAGGACUCUCAGACCAUGAGAAACAAGAUUCUCUGGUCUGAUGAAACCAAGAUUGAACUCUUUGGCCUGAAUGCCAAGUGUCACGUCUGGAGGAAACCUGGCACCAUCCCUACGGUGAAGCGUGAUGGCAGCAUCAUGCUGGGAGACUAGUCAGGAUUGAGGGAAAGAUGAACGGAGCAAAGUACAGAGAGAUCCCUGAUGAAAACCUCCUCCAGAGCGCUCAGGACCUCAGACUGGGGUGAAGGUUCACCUUCCAACAGGACAACAACCCUAAGCACACAGCCAAGACAACGCAGGAGUGGCUUCAGGACAAGUCUCUGAAUGUCCUUGAGUGGCCCAGCCAGAGCCCGGACUUGAACCCGAUUUGAACAUCUCUGGAGAUACCUGUGCAGCGACGCUCCCCAACCAACCUGACAGAGCUUGAGAGGAUCUGCAGAGAAGAAUGGGAGAAACUCCCCAAAUACAGGUGUGCCAAGCUUGUAGCAUCAUACCCAAGAAGACUCGAGGCUGUAAUCGCUGCCAAAGGUGCUUCAACAAAGUACUGAGUAAAGGGUCUGAAUACUUACAGUGCUAUGAAAAGUAUUUGCCCCCUUUCUAAUUUUCUCUACUUUUGCAUAUUUGUGAUCCUGAAGGUUAUCAGAUCUUCAACCAAAACCUAAUAUUAGAUAAUGGGAACAUAAGUGAACAAAUAACACAACAAUUACAUAUUUAUUUCAUUUAUUUCAUAAACAAAGUUAUGCAACACCCAAUUCCCCUGUGUGAAAAAGUAAUUGCCCCCUUACACUCAAUAACUGGUUGUGCCACCUUUAUCUGCAAUGACUCCCCAUAAGAGCCAGUUUCACAUAGCGCUUGGUUUUUGCGACUGCACUUGAAGAAACAAAAGUUUGGACACACCUACUCAUUCCAGGGUUUUUCUUUAUUUUCACUAUUUUAAGUCUUUCAGUUCUUGAAAUUUUCCAGAUUGACUGACCUUCAUGUUUUAAAGUAAUGGACUGUCGUUUCUCUUUGCUUAUUUGAGCUGUUCUUGCCAUAAUAUAGACUUGGUCUUUUACCAAAUAGGGCUAUCUUCUGUAUACCACCCCUACCUUGUCACAACACAACUGAUUGGCUCAAACACAUUAAGAAGGAAAGAAUUUCCACAAAUUAACUUUUGCCAAGGCACACCUGUUAAUUGAAAUGCAUUCCAGGUGACGACCUCAUGAAGCUGGUUUAGAUAAUGCCAAGAGUAUGCAAAUCUGUCAUCAAGGCAAAUGGUGGCUACUUUGAAGAAUCUCAAAUAUAAAAUAUAUUUUGAUUUGUUUAACACUUUGCACCAAUCGGAGACAUUAGUUGCCCAUUUUCCAAUUAUGACAGUUCACUUGUUUAUUUAUGGCCCUAAUCUGGAGUUACCAUACAGCUGAGUGUAGUUACCAAAUAGCUUCUAGUUACUACACCAUAAAAUAUGAACUUUAUGUAGAAUGUCGAUCUAUCACCACGCUUAGUCUCCGUUUUGUAAUAAAAAAUAAACUAAUAAUAAUACUGAUGUUCCUCCUUCAUAGAGCAAUGCCAUCAUCCUUUAAAGGUGCCUGGGGGAAAAUCCUGUAUACGUUAGAGGCCAAGUUGAGCAGAUCAAUGAGGAUAUCCAGCAAAGCCAGGGCUGAGUUCCCCUUUGUCUCCAAGGCAGACCCGGGCAGCAUCUCUGUGCUGAUGGUAUGGAAUCAAACACACACACACACACACACACACGCGCGCCUUGUUGACACAGUGAAUACUACUGUGUGAGCCUAUCCCGAUACUAACGCAGUACUGCCAAUGCUUUUCUUAAUUGUUUCUCCUCCUUAUUGUGGUUAUAUGGUGGUGGUGUUUGUAGCACAACUGUCUGUUCCUUUUCAGAUACCUCAGCAUGGAACCAAGGCUAAAAAGAUGAAGUUAUUCACCUCAGGAAAAGUGGGAAUGGACAUUCACAUAGAGAGAAUGGGCUACUACUUAGGUAAGAAAACCAACAGGACUAACGAGGGCUAGGGACAGAGUAAUGCACCCCUGGUAUAUAGCCUUUCAUACCAUACUGUUGCUUAAGAACACUUUACUGUUCUUAGAAAAUAUAAGGUAUGGAAACAUGUAAGAGUGAAGGAAGGGUGUUGUCAGUAUUCCAAUCCUCAAGCAUAUACUUUCCAGAUGAUUGCAUUUUGUUCUUUGUCAUGCAUACACAAACAAUACAGCUGAAUAUUGUCAGUUGUAUUGUUGACUUUAGUGGUUAAAGUGGAAUUGACAGCAUUUUAAUGACUUUGCAGAUAUGAAACAAACAGACGAUCAUAUCAGUCAAAAAUAUCAAAUUUUCCAUUUUAAAAAAUAGGUUAUAUUUGCCCAAAAACGUAAUGACAUAGUAAGGCAUUGUUGGCAGAAUAGAUGGAUGCAGCUCAAUGCAUGGUUAAUAUAAUUCACCAAUACAUUUCUUGGUAGUCAAUUUUUUUUUGUUGCUAUCACAACUGGCCUGUUACAUUGUUUGCUGCCUCAACCCAUUCGGGAUGCACUGUUUCAAUGACUCAAUAUUUUGGACAAAAACGGACGAAUGUAAGUAACUAAGGCUGGGAAAGUCUAUACAAUCAAACUAGCAUGGGCAAUGAUCACAAGUAGGUCAUAACGUGGCUAGUAGGCUUGCAUAUCUAUUUAUGUAACUAUUUAGCAAGCUAAAAACACUGAGGCUAAGGUUAGCUAACUGCUGGAAGGAUGUCAUGUCAUUGGACGAGUGGGAGAGCGACCAACUUUUUCCCCUCACAUCGUUUUUCGGUGGCUACAGCUAGAGUUGCGGGUGUCAUUUGGUUAGCUAGCAAGAAAUGUGAAUCGCUUUGCUAGCUAGCUAUGCUGAACUUGAACGACUGUUAUCCACAGUUAGCAUGCAUAUCUCUGAGUUGUCAAUCAAAUAUAUUUGGGAUCGAUCAAAUGGGCGGGCCGGCAGUUCGUAUUCAGUUGUCAAAACGUGCGUUGGGACAAUCAUUCAUUCAUCUUUCAUCUUGGGAGAUUAUCAGUGGUCUUGUAUGUCUUCCAUUUCCUAAUAAUUGCUACCACAGUUGAUUUCUUCAAACCAAGCUGCUUACCUAUUGCAGAUUCAGUCUUCCCAGCCUGGUGCAGGUCUACAAUUUUGUUUCUGGUGUCCUUUGACAGCUCUUUGGUCUUGGCCAUAGUGGAGUUUGGAGUGUGACUGUUUGAGGUUGUGGACAGGUGUCUUUUAUACUGAUAACAAGUUCAAACAGGUGCCAUUAAUACAGGUAACGAGUGGAGGACAGAGGAGCCUCUUAAAGAAGAAGUUACAGGUCUGUGAGAGCCAGAAAUCUUGCUUGUUUGUAGGUGACCAAAUACUUAUUUUCCACCAUAAUUUGCAAAUAAAUUCAUAAAAAAUCCUACAAUGUGAUUUUCUGGAUUUUUUUUCCUCAAUUUGUCUGUCAUAGUUGACGUGUACCUAUGAUGAAAAUUACAGGCCUCUCUCAUCUUUUUAAGUGGGAGAACUUGCACAAUUGGUGGCUGACUAAAUAUUUUUUUCCCCCACUGUAUGCCUACUAUAGCUCUGAUUUGGCUAUGGCACACUGGUCUGUGUAGAGUCCGGUCCUGGACAAGACUGACACAUUUUUAUUAGGUUUUAUUUACUGCAGUGUCUAUUAAUUAUCCAAACGCACGGCCGCUUUCACACUCUAUAUUGAUAUAGAAUUUUCACAAAUGCCUUACUCUACGUCAUUCCCAAACAUUCUAUGAAAGUAUGAAAAUUACCCUAUCUAUGUGCUCGCUUGUCAGAAAAUGUAAAGGAAACGUCAUUCUUCCUGGGGGUGUAUAUGAACAGAUUUUUAUAUGAUUUAAUGUUGCUAAAAGGCUGUCAGUUCCACUUUAACACUUGUAUUUAUUAAUUACUUAUUCAUAAAAAAGCACAAGUUGAGGUUUCACGCAAAUCAUGCACAGACAUGGUAGAUUUGCUCAAGUGUUUGAAUUACUAUCAUUUAUCUCAUAUUAGGGUUUGACCAUGGCGCUGAGUAUCAUGAAUUCAGAAAAACAUAGCUACCAUAAAUAUACCCCCCUCCCUUUGCAGGUGAAGACCUGACGGUUGUGGCGUCCAUUGAGAAUAGCUCCUCUCGUGAGAUCAAGCCCAAGUAUACUCUGUACCAGAAGGACAGCUUCUUUGCGAGGGGAAAGAUGAGGGUGUCCACUAAAGACAUCCUGAAAGAGCUGGGAGAGCCUAUCCCGCCAUCUGGGCAACUGAAAGUCACUAAAGUCCUUAAAAUCCCACACCACAUUGUUCCGUCCAUCCUCACCUGCAGUAAUAUCAAAUGCGAGUACAGGCUGAAGGUGUGUAUCUCUCUCUGUGUGUGUGUGUUAAAACAUGUAUUCAGUGUCUAUCCAAAACCACUACUACAAUGUGCCUUGACCAUUUAUUUACUAAGAUACAAAAAAAAGACACAGGAAACAUGUUCUGGGCUUACAACAUGCUGUAGUGGGCUUUGUUGCUGCAAAAGGAAUGCUCUGGUGAAACUCCUCCCUUUCUUUUGUUGUUAUUGCUUACCAAGGGAGUCAUUAAACUUUUGAAAUGAUUAGAGACCCAGUUUUACAACUUCUGAAGUCAUGUGGGUUGUUAUCAUUGAUAGAAAUGUAGUGCAAAGACUAGAGGCUGGCUACAUUUUAACCACAAUGAUCUUAAUGAGAAAUGUUCUCUUUCUCUAAGAAUAACUUACUGUUGGGCAAACCAUUUUCUUAAUGAGUCCACAUUAUGCAAUUGGUAAAUCGUUAUACUGUUUGACAAAGUGUCACUGAUCGAUUUAUACGAGUCAUUUUUUCUAACUCAAAUGUAAAAGUUUUUUUUAAAAACAGUAUGCACUUGAAAUAUUACCUUGAAUAUACGUUAUAUCCAAUAAUCAAGGGCAGCAGGUAGUCUACUGGUUAAGAGCGUUGGGCGUAAAUGACUAAAAUGUAAAUGUAAUAAUUUACCUUUAAUUCUAGCUUGCAUACUGUGCUUAGUCGUUUAUUGCAUUGACUUUGAUUCCAAUAUCCUUGUUUACAUCAUAGAUCGUCCUGGAUGUUCCGUACGCCAGAGACCCAGAAGUCAAAUUGCCAUUGGUCAUCCUCCCUGGAACUCAAACGCCUGGACUGCAGCCGCCACCUUACUCUGACUUUGGUUUUGACUCGUUUGGGAACACAAACCAACCCGGAUGGAACAGCGCACCACAAUUCCCAACGGCCCCAGGAGCCUAUCCAGCAACGGCCCCAGGAGCCUAUCCAGCAACGGCCCCAGGAGCCUAUCCACCAACGGCCCCAGGAGCCUAUCCACCAACGGCCCCAGGAGCUUAUGCGCCUCCCCCAGCCUACGGAGUAUACCCAUCCCUGUCUGAUUUUGGUGGUCAAUCC